AUGAAGUCCACCGUGGAAUCGGAAGACAACGCUCGCGAGUAUUCGGAGCUCAAAGCAGUCGCUUUGGAGCUGAAGUCGCGGCUACUUAAACGCGCCGAGCUUCUGGAAAAUUCCCUAAGAGAGGCGAGACGGCUGCGUGGAAUUGUCUGUGAUAACAAGGAGAGUGCCGAAGGAUUUGGCGGAGAACUGGAACGCCAAUACCCGCACGCAGACAACAACUCUUGCAGUGGUGGCGAUGACGCUGCGCCCUCGUGUACCCAGGCUCUCGGGGCCAAGCUGUGCGCUGCCCCGGCCGCCGCCUCGCUACCGCCCUCGUCCAUUUUCUCCCAACGUGACCGUCGGUCCUGCAUUCCAAACCAGCCAACAUUUGUAACCUUUCGUACC